UGGCCAUAAUAACAGAAAUUUGCAUGUCUGAUUUUGUUGGUUUCCUCAUCCCUCGUCCUCCCUUUUGCCUAAAUAACAAUUCUUUCAUGUUUCCGUAAAAGUAACCUUUCUUACUCUCUAUAAUAACUCUAACUCAUUUGGUUAGAAGAAAGCACAAGAUAGACAAAAUAAUUGACCAUAAUCAGUUGGGAUACAGAACAAUCUUGCAGGCAAAAAAAAAAUUUAAAAAAAAUUGCAUGGGCAGAAAAGGAACAAAAAAACCAAGAGGACUGCUGUUUGUGACUUGAUAACUGAAUAUGGUAUAAAGUUUUGAAUGGAAUAGAGGCUGAGCUCUCCUGCUCUGCCUAAAUAAAAAUGAUGAUGUCUAUAGAACAGUAAGGCCACCUAUCCCGAGAAGAAAUAAUAAACGAAGAAAACAUUACGUGGGCCAUAAUCCUACGGAAUUUUGGAAGCCAACUCAAUGGCAUCCUCUACUGCUGUACCUGUAGGUUUUCAUUAUGAAACAAAAUAUGUUGUCCUCAAUUAUUUGGGUCUCUUGUCACAGGAAAAGCCUCAGGAACAGCCCUCUCUGUCCACUCAAGAUCCAUCUACGUUCUCACAAGCUGUAGAAAAAGAGAUCUUGGAGAAAGUUAAAGCCGAAAUUGAGGAAGAAUUGAAACAUCUUGAUGAAGAAAUUUUGGAAGCUUUCACUACAACUGGCUUUGACUGCCACACAUCUCCAGUAUUUAGUCCUGCAAACCCUGAGACUUCAAUUGAAGACUGCUUAGCUCAUCUUGGAGAGAAAGUAUUCCAAGAAUUGAAAGAACCCAUUGAAAAGGCAUUAGAGAUCCUACUUAGCAAAUCAGUGAAUUAUCAGGAAUAUAAAGAGAGGACGCAGGAAGCAGCAAGUCAUGCCAGUGGAUGGAGCAAGGUUUUAGUGCCCUUGGUGAUUCUUCAGAGGUUCUUGGUAGAGCUGUCCAAACGGGGCCAAGAACCACUUGGUGCACUUGUGAAUUUUGGAGUGACCUAUCUUGAAGAUUAUGUUGCAGAUUACAUCAUCCAGCAAGGAGGAUGGGGAACUGUUUUUAGUUUGGAUUCUGAAGAGGAAGAGUUCCAUGGAAUCAUUGCUGAAGACAGCAAUGACAUCUACAUCUUAACUAGUGACAACUCAGGCCAGGUGAGCCCACCUGAGUCACCCACAGUAACAACAUCUUGGCAGUCGGAGAGCUUACCUGUUUCUUUGUCGGCCAGCCAGAGCUGGCAUACAGAGAGCUUGCCAGUUUCGUUGGGGCCCGAGUCGUGGCAGCAAGUAGCUAUGGAUCCUGAAGAAAUCAAAAGCUUGGACAGCAAUGAAGGUGGUGAAGAAAGGAGUGAAAACAACUCUUCAAAUUCAGAUAUUGUACAUGUUGAGAAGGAAGAGAUACAAGAGAGUGUUGAGGCAGCAGUGUCAGAAGUGAGCCUGCAAGCAAGUGCUAAAAAAUUGAGCUUGCCAGAAGUCCCAGCUGCAUUGCUGAAAACGGAGUCAGAGGCUGAAAGCUUAUUGAUCAAAAGACUAAGCCCUUCUGCACCUUUGCCCACUGAGGGUCACAAAGAAGGGAGCGUAGUGGAAUAUCCUGAUCCUGAUCCUUUGAUGUUGAGUAAAACUGCCAAACAACUAACUCCUUCAAGUGAAAAGGCUUCCCCCAAGCCUGAGAAAAUACAGCUACCAGAAGAAGAAGCAAAACUACCGAGAGAGAGCUAUUCUGAAGAGAAGUCGUCUGAUGGAGAGGAGAAACCCAUUCUUUUGCCAGAAGGCAAAUCACUUCUGCUCUAUGGUGGGGCAGCUGCAGUAGCUAUCCUGGCUGUCGCAGUAGGUGUAGUGCUGACACUGAGGAAGAAGUAGUCAACUGUUCUCUUCAGAAAUACUGCCUGAAUUGGUUGCAUUGACUUAAGGUUUGCUAUGCCUCCUGUUAAUGAGAAAUCUGUGUAACGUGACAGGAAGGUGGGGCAUGAGUUUACUGCUAUUUCUAGGACAAUCAUGUUUUUAGUGGCCUGGGACUGGAUCUUCCUCUUUAAUUAUAGGGGUAAUAUUGGAACUCCCUUGCACAUUUAAGUAUCUCAAUAUAUCUGAAAAAAUUGGGGUGGGGGGUGGGAUGUUGCUUAUACACUGGAAAUCGGAUCAGGAAAUCCCAGGGCAAUGGAAAAGUUAAUUGUUAACCCUGGAGAAUUCCUUUAUGUAGCUGCUAUUGCAGCUUCUUUGUUCACCUCCACCUCUUGAAUGAGAGGUUCUCUAAUCAUGUAGCAUGAGGCUACUUCAUACCCUUUUGUCUCAGCUUCCUCAGGUACUGCAUUGCUCCCAAAUUUUAUGAUUAAACCCCUAAAGCUAUGAAAUGAAAGCCUUCCAUGUAAGGAUGAAAGUAUAAUGCAUUUUGGAGAAAGGUAAUGUUUUUUUUUUCUAUCAUUGUACAUUAAGCAUUUUUGUGAUCUGCUAUUGUUGUGUCUCUGUCCCUAUCCCCUCAUUCAUCCAGCUUUAUCGUGUCAGUUUAGUUAUCAAAGAUACACUCCUUUCAUGUAAGUACCUAUCACCAUUUUGAUGAAUGCAAAAGAAGAAAAUAUUUCCAUGUAGUAAGCAAAAAAGUACAAGGUCAAGAAUUGAAUACUAUAUAGGUAGUCCUCGACCUGACAACCAUUUGUUUAGUGACUGUUCAAAGUUACAAUGGUACUGGAAAAAGUGACUUAUGACCAUUUUUUCACACUUAACGACCACUGUAGCAUCCCCAGGGUCAUAUGAUCAAAAUUUGGGUGCUUGGCAGCUAGCAUGUCUUAUGGCGGCUGCAGUGUCCUGGGGUCAUGUGAUCACUUUUGGCAAGCAAAGUCAAUGGGGAAGCAAGAUUCACUUAGCAACAAUUUACUAACCUAACAACUGCAAUGAUUCACUUAACAACUGUGGCAAGAAAGGUCAUAAAAUGGGGCAAAACUCACUUAACUGUUUUGCUUAGCAACAUAAAUUUUGGGCCGUUAUGGUCAUACGUCGAGUACUACUUCUACAGAUUUAAUUCAAAAUUGUUUCAAAAUGUAUGAAGUAUAAAUAGAAAACUUGUCUGCAACUCUUUAAAGCAAUUGUGCUUUAAAGAAAUAUGGAUGAUUUCCCUCUAGAUUUGCUGUUUCUCAGAAAAAGAUAGUUGCUUUAGAAAGUUCAAAACAAGUGCUGUGAAGCACUUCUGCAAGUUCCAAAACACUUUUUCUAUCUAAACUUGAAGCAGUAUGGCCCUACAAAAUUCCAGUAUUUAAUAGAUUAAAAUCUGAUUACUUAUAGAUUAAAAUCUGAUUUGUUAAUUCAGUUGCAAGAUUGGAACACUUAAGUUUACUUUUAUCGUUGUAAUGAAUUCAAAAUCUUCAAGGAAAUGACUCAGCAGUUAACUGAAAUAGCAUUUGUCUCAAAGGUGCUUUUUCCAAAAAGCAACUGGACUUUUUUUUUUCCCCCUUGAAAACGUUUCGCUUCUCAUCCAAGCUUCUUCAGUUCUUGGAUGAGAAGCAAAACAUUUUCAAGGAAAAAAACCAAGGAAGUCCAGCUGCCUUUUGGAAAAGCGCCUUUGGGGCAACCAUGACCUGGAUGAUUGAGAAUGUCCAUAGACACGAAAUGGCAUUUGUUUCCAAUUUCCAGUUUCCUGGCCACUGGAGGAAAAAUGAUUUGAAACCAUGUCUUGUAAAGCUCAUGUAACUUUUCAGGUAACUUCUUUUCUAUGUGUAGACGAUUCCUUUUUAUUCCAUCAGCUAUAAUUGGGCCCAGGAAAAAAAAAAUAAAAUUGAUCAUUUAUGUCAAAUUGUUAUUUUGUGUGUGUUGGAAAGCUCUGAUGGUGACAUUGUCAUCAGUAACAUAGUAUCACAGGUUUUUACUUGAACAGUAACAUGGCAGCAGCCUCUUUUUACAUAUUUUGGAGAUGAGCUACAAUUUCCUCUUUCCCUUCCCAUUAAACCUAUUAUUAAAAAAAUCAAAUUUGAUGAUAGAGUUGGGAGUGUUUUACCCUGUUUCCCCAAAAAUAAGACAUCCCCUGAUAAUAAGCCCAAUCAGGCUUUUUGAGUGCAUGGCAAUAAGGCCAAGUGCUUAUGUCAGGGUUCAAAAAAAUAUAAGACGGCCUUAUUUUCGGGGAAACACGGUAGUUAACAUCCCAUCUCUAGUCAGUAUGCAUGUCUGGGAGGCUACACCUAUAAACAUUUGUGUUCAAAUACUAUAGGACACUUGGUGUAAUAUAUAAGUAUUUACAAGUCUUGAUUAAAUAUACAUGCACUUUUUCAUAGUACUCAUCAUGCAUUUUUCAGAAUGAAGUGCCUCAGUGUGUUCCAGUGGGAUUAACUGUUUUCUGCCCCAAAAUCAAAAAUCUAGCUGUAACCACAAGUUACAUUUUUUUAAUGUGUAGGGGUGGGAGUGGGGUGGGGAGGAAACUGAUAUUGGACAUAUUAAAUAAUUAUGUUUUGAUAGAAGCAUUGUUGCUAGAAGAUUGCUAUAGAUUUCGGCUGCAGCUUAUCCUCUUAUCUACAGUAAAUGAUGGAGGAAAUACAGGUAGCCCUCGACUUACAAUAGUUCAUUUAGUGACUGUUCGAAGCAGCACUGAAAAAAAGUGAUGUAUGACCAUUUUUCAUAUUAUAACUGUUGCAGCAUCCCCGUGGUCACAUGAUCAAAAUUCAGACACUUGGAGACUGACUCAUAUUUAUGACGGUUGUAGUGUCCUGAGAUCAUGUGAUGACCUUUUGUGACCUGACAAAGCAAAGUCAAUGCGGAAGUCAGAUUCACUUAACAACCAGGUUACUUAACAACUGCAAAGAUUCACUUAAGAACUGUGGUAAGAAAGAUUGUUAAAUAGAGCAAAACUCACUUAAGAAAUGUCUCAGUAACGAGAUUUUGAACUCAAUUGUGGUCGUAAGUUGAGGACUACCUGUAAUCAGUGUAAGGUUAAAUAUCAAUCCAUUUUGUCCAAUUUCAGCCGUGUCUAUUUGAACAGAAGAUAACAGACUGAACACCUGAGAUACUUUCUCUUUCAUUUCCAGGAUGAUUACUUAGUUAUAGCUAUGCUCAUUCAAAUGAUCCAAUAUCUCAACCAAUAAACAGUGAGAUGAUUUACUUUUCAUAGCCAGUAAAAUGUUAGAGUGCUAAGGAUUAGAAUUAGGGGGAAAUGAUGAAUUAACCCUUUCAAAUACGGAUAUAUUACAACUUGAUUAUAGAUUACCUAAUUUCUGAAUUUAAGGGGCAAAUUUUCCAGUUUUGACUACUGGUGCUUCAUAAUGGAUUAGACCUUGGUUAAGAUGUGAAAACUUGUAUUUGGUUUUUUGGAACUGCAGUCAUUAAUUCUGUAGAAAAUAUUACCAUAUCCUUCCCAGUGCUAGUGAAAUGAAGACAAAGUAAAGGUAUACCAGUAGGAUUUCAAUAAUAUGUGUUAUAUAACUGUCACUUCAAAAUAUUUCAUAGUUCUGCAAUAGAAGUUCUACAAUGUUGUUGGACUAAAUGCUGCAAACUAUACUUACUUUCUCCUUCCUGCUGCUUCCAUUGGGGAAAAAGGCUGCAGUAAAGACGCAGUAAAAACAGUUUUGCUGCCUACUGAAAUACUCGUUUCCUUCAUGUGAAUAUACUUUUGGUUCCUGAACUACCUGCUGUGGAUGACCUGCAAGAGUUCUUGAAAGCAAAAUAAGUGUCAUGCUUGCUUAGUGUUUUGCACAAUAAGCUGGAGCUGAGUAAUUAUUUUAACAAAUAGAUGCUUCAGAACCCGCUUGUGCAUAUCUGAAGCAUUUCUACAUUGUGACUUUUAAUCUGGUUGGAAAGCUGCCUGUCUGACCUUGUUUGUACACUGAUCCAGGAAGAGAGAUUUGCCUGUAUUUAUGGCUUGAAAACCUUUCCAAGAAUUCAUAGAACCCUAAAAUAACCCAUGCUAGUUAAAAAAUUAAGCCAUUUGAUGAUUUCUUCUUGAACUACAGUACUAUUAUUACUUUGCGCUAACAGUUUCAUGAGGAUGCACAACUCUUCUUCUUAGCAUUGGACGUGUUAAGGCAGAGUGGUAUUUCCUUAAGCUGUAUGACCAUAAUUAUUUCCCUGGAGCUAUUUUAAGAAACACGGUGAGGAGGGCAGACAUAAUCACCAUCUUACUGUUACAGGCUUCUACUGUAUGAAUUGAAAAAUACUGCUUCCAGUGUUAAAAACAAGUGUUCCUACUGUUUAUAAAAGAUUAUGUGUAUUUUUGCUUGACCAAUAAUCUCAAGUAAGAGUACGCCCUUAUUUGUAUUUUAUUAAAGUUAAAUUUUGAAGAAAAA